AUGGCAACAUUUAUGACUUCUUCCAAAGUUCGGCAGGAAAAAUAUGAUGUUUUUGUUAGUUUUAGAGGUUCAGACACUAGAUGUGGAUUUCUUAGCCAUUUGAGAAAGCAGUUACAACUCAAAGGGAUAAAUGUGUAUGACGAUGAGAGGUCAAAGAGAGGAGAUAAAAUAUCAUCUGCACUUUCGGAAGCAAUACAAAAAUCAAGAAUUGCGCUCGUGAUAUUCUCAAAAGACUAUGCUUAUUCAGGAUGGUGCUUAGAAGAGCUAGUGAUAAUCAUGGAAUACAACCGAGUCAAUAAUCAGAUUGUAAUUCCAGUUUUCUAUGAUAUAGACCCAUCACAUGUUAGGCAUAAAAAAGGAUCUCAUGAAGAUGCAUUUGUUCAGCAUCAUAAUAACUACAAAGUUGAUUUAAGGAAGUAG